AUGGGUGCAUCGCUUGGGGGUAUUCCCAACGUUUGCUGUACGACUCGCGGAGAUGAAGCCGCAGUGCAUUUGAUCAAGAACAGGCUUCCUUGUCGUGAGGAGGCUUCCUUGUCGGUGGAAGUGUGUGGGCAGCCCACUGAUGGUGAGGACAAGCGAUUGGAUUGGGAUGCAACCAAGACCAAGUCCAUGACCUCCACUAGAUCGUGGAUCCAAGUACACCAUCAACUCCAGGAGAUGCUCCAAAGGGCACAUUCCGGCGAAGGGAGCCUCCCCGGGCCUCGGCGCUACCCCCUGGAACGGCGUGGGAGCGACUGCACUCGCUCCUUGGGUCUCGUGCCCGAGGCUGGCUUCCGUACCUAUGCAGAGCGUGAGUCCCUGCGUGGCAUGCCACGGAAGACGGACCCAGACUCGGUGCCCCUCUUGCCGGAAGACGUCUACGAAGACCUGGUGCCGGUGCUCCGCAACGAUGAGGGCGACCUGGAUGAGAAGCUCCGCGUGCAGUUGAAGCACGGCUUUCCGGAGCUGGAGGACCUGGAGAGUUCGAUCGGUUUGUCAGUUUUGGAAGAUUCCAAAGAUUUGCCUCCCCCAGAGCCUGACCUCCAGAUUUUCAGAGAGGCUGUGCCGAUGCUGAUGAAGGCCAUCGAGUGCCGCGUACGGGAGAGGGAGCUGUUCCAAUCUAUGCGCUGCAAGGUGGCCUGCGACAUGCGCAUCAUUGGCCGUGAUCGGGAGAACCGGCCGGUGAUUUAUCUGAGUGCGCGGUCGCAGACGGAACACCUUCGCGAGCUGAUUCCACAUGUCUUUUUGGCUUUCGAGGCAGCUUCACGGCUGGCUCAAGAAGAUGGUCAAGCAAUCCUGGUGGCUGACAUGAUUCAGAUGCAGCCAUCGCUCAACAUGGACCCCUUCGCCUUUAAAGAUCUCGCGAACAACUUCGGUGUGGUCUUUGCAGACCGGUUGAAGUGCAUUCUCAUCGUUGACUUUUCCUUCAUCGCACAGGCGGUUUGGUCAACCUUGAGACCCUUCCUGAGCGAGCGGACGCAGAAGAAGAUUAACUUUGUCAACGAGGCAAAAGCCCGGAUCAUCGUGAAAGAGACCUUCACCGCACCCACACAAGACAGGGUCUUCAGCUCCUUUGACAUCAAUCGCGAUGAGCCAGGGAAGCCCAGUGGACUUUUCCCGCCAAGGCUCCGCACCGCCAUCUGCGAUGUGCCCUUGGGGGAGCUCAGGGCAGCAGACGAGGAGGGACUCUCAGGGACUCGCGAGAGCCUUGAGCGUUCGAAACAGGAAACGCCGAAGGCCGUGUCAGAACAGCUGCUGAGGUUUCUCUCCUUGCUGAACGUCGAGAGAAAGCAAGCACUCGAUAGACAGAAGAAGCGAGAGGACUUGCUGGAAGAUACAGAGCAUGGGCCAAAGAUCCUGGGCCUUCAUCAAGAUCUCCAGGCUUUAUCUGAUGUGCUUGACGAACGAGUCGAAAGCAAGCUCAGUGCCAACGAGAAGGCCUUCUUCGUGGCCUAUAAGAGCUUCAUGUUCACAGUGCAGAAAGAGUUUAAAGAGCUCAAGCAGAAGGCUGACGAGGAGGAGACCAAGACGAGAAGAGAUGCAAAGAUCCAGUCACUGGAGAAGGAGCUGGACUGGUUCAUGAACGAGGCCUUGCGUUUAGAUGAGCUCGUCAAAAAGUACAAGAAGGAGCUGGACAAGUGGAAGGGCAAGGCAGAGGCCCUUGAGGAUGACCGACAAUUCCUGGAAGGUCAAAUCAAGCAGGCCAAGAGGACCAACAAGUCCUUGCGCACUGCCGUGGAGCAGGCUCAAAGCUCUGCCUAUGCAGCGCUGGUGAAUGCGGAAGAGAACCAGUCGCCGGUUUCGGCCCCCGAAGUGACACAGGCAGACGAGGAAGUGCUAGGCGAGCGAUUGAAGCAUCAGCUGCAACAAGAGCAGAAACAGGCGACCAAAGCCUGGCUCUCAGAUUCUGCACCCGAUGGGUGGCGGCGUCGGCUCCGAUUCGGCACGGAGCUCCGAUUCGGCACGAGCUCCGGUUACGACGACCACGGGACGAUAGGGUUGCGUGCCAUCGCAGAUCGCCAGUUUACUGAACCUUCGGAGUUGGAGGUGAAGGGGGACAUUUCUCAGCGUCGGAAGCUGGCGCUGGAGCAGCGUCAGGCCUUGAGGGGCCCAGAGGCCAAGGGACCUCGGGGCUACCCAGAGACGCUGCCGCCGCAGGUGGCCAAGCUCGUCGGGCUGCCCAGCGUCGAUGGGGGCGGUGAGGCGCUGGAGCCCACGCUGGACGACUUCACGGUCACCGACCGUAGGAAGGUGGUGGAGCUCUUGCUGAGCAGCGAACAAGUGCUCCAGUGGGGGCUUGGAUUCUGCCCAGAUGGCGAGUUCGACAUCAACGAUGGUGGCGGUGUGGCGGUGUACACUGCGGAUUGCCAAACAAAAGCCCACAUAGGUUUUGCUUCCUGCAGAUGCGAAACCGAGAUGAACACCUGUUGUUGUACUGCUCCCCGGGGGCCCGAGCCUCAUGAGCCGAGCCGUAUGCGCGAGCAUGGCGAGCACUACGCCCGCGGCUAUGAGAAGGUUCCGUGUGCGGGGCCUGACCGGACGUUGAGCUUGCCGUCCCACUGGAUCCAGGUGGAGACCAAGAUGACGUCCAACCCGGAGGAUGACGAGUUCUGCGCCCGGACGCCCCAGCGGGCUGCUCUUGGCGCACCGAGCUCAAUUCGGCUCCUGCCUGGCACACCAACGACACUUGUUCGCACAGAUCCCUUCGCCUUUGCCUCGGGCGGUCUCUUUCUACAUUUGGGCUGCAAGACAUUGGCUGCACGGCUACCCCGGCCGCUCUACGCCGUGCUGGGCGUGGCGCCGGACGCCACGGCGGCAGAGAUCAAACAGGCUUACAGGCAUUUGGCGCUGCAGCACCAUCCUGACAAAUGUCAGGGCUCAGAGCAAGAGAAGGCCGAGACCGAGGCGCUCUUCGCACGCAUCGCUUUGGCCUACGAGGUAUUGGGUGAUGAACAGCGACGGAGACGCUACGACCUCUCGGGUGAGCUCCCGCACAACGAUGCAGCGGCAGGACGAUCCGCUCAAGAGACCUUCCUCGCAGCCUACAUGUCCACGGCUCCAAAGACAGCUCGUGCUGUAACCCAGGCGGACUACUCCUUGCACAGCCUGGACAACUACGAAGUCCUAGAGGUCGAUGGCAAAGAUGUUCCAAGUUACAUGCGCGAGAUUGUGGCGCGAGGCUUAGGCUAUUUGGCCGCAGUGGUUGAAGGUUUGGAGCAGAAAGAGGUGGUUCUGCUGCGGCAUUUCGUCAUGGAUCAGAUGUACGCCUUGUUGGCCUGGACCGCCUCAGACCGACGCGAGACAGACGAAGACACCGUAUACGGUAUCAGGCGAAGAGGCCUACGAGCCGCCCCUGGAUGCUGA